AUGCCUCUCACAAAGGAUCUCCUUCAUCCGCUUUCCAGAAAAGGAGAAGAGGAAACGUGGCUGGUGCAGAGUCCAAAUCCCUAUUUCGCAGAUGUGAAAUGCCCAAGAUGCUAUAAAAUCACCAGUCUUGAGCCGUGCACAACAGGAGUUCUGUGUGUUGGCUGCUCCACUCUUCUCUGUCAGCCUGCAGGAGGUAAAGCGAAGCUUCCAGAAGGAUGCUCUUUCAAACAGAAGCAGCAUUAA